AUGCCGAGUUUAAGUAUUCCAAAUAAAACUAGGAGUUUCGGUUCGAAUACUGAUAAGUACGAGAAUGGAUUCCAAAAGAGGAAGAGCUACAACACCUCAAAAGAAUUUGAUGAGUAUGAAGAAUACGAAAGUGAUUUUAAAGUCAACAACGAUGAGAAAAAAGGUUUGACAUACCUUCAGUCGUCUUUGUUCGCUACAAUUUUAGAAGAUACUGUGACAGAAAUGCGUAUAUUGCUGGAAUGUAAUAAUGUGUUGCGAGCUGAAAAAGCUCACUCGGAUAUGGCGAUGCUUUUAAGACUGAAGUACCGUAUAAAGCAACCAGAAGUUACUGAUGAAUUAGAAGAUAUAGAUCCUCACAAUCUAGAAAUAGAUAAAUACAAACUAGACAAACUAGAUAGUGACAGGAUGACGGUAAUCAAUGUGAUAGUAGCAACCUACAAGAAUUUGAUACAAAGCAAGAAUUAUGUAGCCCUAGAAGAUCACGUCAACGGCGUCCUCAGCACUGAUAACUACAGACUGGAGCUCGCAGAAGAAGAAACGAGGAAUAGAAUAAUGAGAAAAGAAUUGAACAAACAAUUGAGACAACAACGGAAUCACAUGAAAAGCGUCAUUUACGACACAGAGGCUGUUAUUGAGGAACUCAAUUUGAAAGUCGAAGAUGCAACUCUUCACGCUGAGAUAUGCAGUCGCUAUGUAGAUCGUUGGCAAGUUGCUCGAACUGAACAACAUCAUCAGGCCAUCCACGACAAAGAAGCUGCACCUUCCACAAUCAUAGAGUACUACAAGCACAGAGCUGACAAUGAACAACGGGUUCACGCGGAAAUUGAACUGCUCUUUAGCAUUUCAAUUAAUGAAACUCUCGAAAAAGUAGAAGAAUGGAUGGCAAAAUACGAUAAGGAUAUGGAGAACAUAGAUUUAAAGAUACAGAUUAAGAAAAAUGAAUACUACGACAUGCUUGAUAAGAGAAUCCAUUUAGAAGAAACGAUCGAAAAACACGACCAGCUGAUGAAGAUGUGGAUCCAGUUUAAAGAGGAACGUGAAAAGAUUCGCGCUUACAGAGAGAAGAUGACCAAGUCUGCUAUAAUGGUUCAGGCUUGGUGGAGAGGCCUUCUGGUCCGUCGUCAACUCGGUCCAUAUAGGGUUUCUAAGAAGAAGGGUGGAAAGGCUAAGAAAAAAUAG